CUACCAUAUUAAUCGAUUUGUUUAUAUUUACAUAUACGCAGCGAAUUUUUAGCUUUGCAAAAUUAAUGUCGUUACAAGCAUUUAGCGCCUUUCGAAUUGAGGGUGUUGAACAAAUAUAAUCUGUAUCCCGCAGGUGCCAACUUAAUUGAAUGGCGCAACGCAGUACAAAUAACCACAUCUACAAAAGCUUACCCUGCUGGCAGUGGUAAUUGUUGAGUCAUCAGCGUCCAAAUUAUUGACACUAGCCAAAAAGCAGCAGUAGAAGCCUUGGUGGCAAGGGCGACCGUUAGACUGUAUACGUAGAUUGCGUGCGCGGAGCGCAACCAAUAAAGCUACAGCGCACGCAUCACAAUCUGAAUUCGACUUCAAAUGGAGGACUACAAAUUCCUAUUCAAAAUUGUGCUAGUCGGCAAUGCAGGCGUUGGAAAGACAUGCCUGGUUCGACGGUUUACUCAGGGUCUUUUUCCGCCCGGCCAGGGUGCUACCAUUGGCGUAGAUUUUAUGAUUAAAACCGUUGAGGUCGAGGGUGAAAAGAUCAAGCUACAAAUUUGGGAUACGGCCGGACAGGAGCGUUUUCGUUCCAUCACACAAAGUUACUACAGAUCGGCGCACGCGCUGAUACUUGUCUAUGACAUUAGCUGCCAGCCCACAUUUGACUGUUUGCCGGACUGGCUGAGAGAGAUACAAGAAUAUGCAAACUCAAAGGUGCUAAAAAUACUGGUGGGCAACAAGACAGAUCGCGACGAUCGCGAAAUUCCCACCCAAAUAGGCGAGGAGUUUGCCAAACAACAUGAUAUGUACUUCCUGGAAACAUCCGCCAAAGAGGCGGAAAACGUUGAGCGUCUGUUCUAUGAAAUCGCCGCCGAACUUAUCGGUCAAGCUCGCAGCAAGGACGGCAACAGUGCUGCUGCUGCGGCUGCACAGCGUCAGGCCGAUGGCGGGGGCUCCAUUGGACUGGGUAACUUGAGUGCCAAGGCGGCGCAGAGCAACUGCUGUGGAGGCCUUAACAGCUCUGGAACCGGCAACAACUCUAGUCAAGGCGGCUGAGCAGGGACAACAGCAAAGACAGGCGGCAGCUAUCAGCUAGAAAUCAACUCAAUGACUAUGGAUGCUAAAUAUUUGUGUUAAACUCCUUUGGAUGUGUAGUCUUAGUAAGCCUGAUUUUCUCUUUUAGUAUUAUAUUAUUUGUUAUAAUCGAUCUGGGUCUGAGUCUGGAUCGCAUGCAUCACAGUUUGUGCUUUAAUUUAAUGUCUAUUGAUAAUAUCAACAAUGCAAUGCA